CGUCACUCCGAUCGCGCCCCUCCCGCGCCUGCGCAGUGAGCCGGAGGAAGCAGCAAUCUGAUGCAACCGGCUGACAGUGUGAGCAGAAUAGCCAUGAGUGCGGAGAUCAGCGAGGGCACCGCUCAGCUCCGGCUCGGUGAGGAUCUAUACACUAUAUUCAGCAGCUGUCAUAGAGCUUCUAUUAUUGUAGCCUGGCAGGUCUGUCUGCUGUAAUACAGGGAGGUAGUGACAGCUGGGACACUAUCACACAGUGUGCCAUAUGUAUGAUUGGCUAUAGGGAGUGUGCCAUAUGUAGGAAAGAGGGAGGGGAGUGUGCCAUAUGUAUGAUUAGCUAUAGGGAGUGUGCCAUAUGUAGGAGAGGGAGGGGAGUGUGCCAUAUGUAUGAUUAGCUAUAGGGAGUGUGCCAUAUGUAGGAGAGGGAGGGGAGUGUGCCAUAUGUAUGAUUAGCUAUAGGGAGUGUGCCAUAUGUAGGAGAGGGAGGGGAGUGUGCCAUAUGUAUGAGUAGCUAUAGGGAGUGUGCCAUAUGUAGGAGAGGGAGGGGAGUGUGCCAUAUGUAUGAUUAGCUAUAGGGAGUGUGCCAUAUGUAGGAGAGGGAGGGGAGUGUGCCAUAUGUAUGAUUGGCUAUAGGGAGUGUGCCAUAUGUAGGAGAGGGAGGGGAGUGUGCCAUAUGUAUGAUUGGCUAUAGGGAGUGUGCCAUAUGUAGGAAAGAGGGAGGGGAGUGUGCCAUAUGUAUGAUUGGCUAUAGGGAGUGUGCCAUAUGUAGGAAAGAGGGAGGGGAGUGUGCCAUAUGUAUGAUUGGCUAUAGGGAGUGUGCCAUAUGUAGGAAAGAGGGAGGGGAGUGUGCCAUAUGUAUGAUUAGCUAUAGGGAGUGUGCCAUAUGUAGGAAAGAGGGAGGGGAGUGUGCCAUAUGUAUGAUUGGCUAUAGGGAGUGUGCCAUAUGUAGGAAAGAGGGAGGGGAGUGUGCCAUAUGUAUGAUUGGCUAUAGGGAGUGUGCCAUAUGUAGGAAAGAGGGAGGGGAGUGUGCCAUAUGUAUGAUUGGCUAUAGGGAGUGUGCCAUAUGUAGGAAAGAGGGAGGGGAGUGUGCCAUAUGUAUGAUUGGCUAUAGGGAGUGUGCCAUAUGUAGGAAAGAGGGAGGGGAGUGUGCCAUAUGUAUGAUUAGCUAUAGGGAGUGUGCCAUAUGUAGGAAAGAGGGAGGGGAGUGUGCCAUAUGUAUGAUUAGCUACAGGGAAUGUGUCAUAUGUAUGAUUAGCUACAGGGAGUGUGCCAUAUGUAGGAUUAGCUAUAGGGAGUGUGCCAUAUGUAGGAAAGAGGGAGGGGAGUGUGCCAUAUGUAUGACUAGCUAUAGACAGUGUGCCAUAUGUAUGAUUAGCUAUAGACAGUGUGCCAGACAGACCCCCCUACACACACACACCCAGACAGACCCCCCCCAUACACACACACACCCAGACAGACCACCCCCCAUACACACACACACAGACAGACCCCCAUACACACACACACCCAGACAGACCCCCAUGCACACAUACACACCCACCCAGACAGACCCCCACACACACACACACACCCAGACAGACCCCCCCACACACACACACACCCAGACAGACCCCCACGCACACCCACACCCAGACAGACCCCCACCCACCCAGACAGACCCCACACACACACCCAGACAGACCCCCCACACACACACACCCCAGACAGACCCCCCACACACACACACACCCACCCAGACAGACUCCCCCCUUUACACCCACCCAGACAGACUCCCCAGCACACACCCACCCCAGACAGACUCCCCCGCACACCACCCAGACAGACUCCCCCGCACACACACACAGACAGACUCCCCCGCACACACCCACCCAGACAGACUCCCCAGCACACACCCACCCAGACAGACCCCCACACACAUACACCCAGAGACAGACCCCCAGCACACACACACACACCCAGACAGACCCACCACACACACACCCCAGACAGACCCCUCCACACACACACGCCCCACCACACACACCCCCAGACAGACCCCUCCACACACCCCCAGACAGACCCCUCCAUAAACACUGACAGACACACAUUCACAGAGACAUACACACUGACAAACACACUCUCACACAGUCACAAAGUAUUAUUUGAUACACUCAAAUGGAUACACACACAAACAGGCAUAACAGAUAUACACACAUAAAUUAAAAAAAACAAAAACAUAUUUUUUGCCACCCUCCUGUUUCCUACCUUUUGGGCCCAGGUGGGUGGCUUUCCUGGGAUCCAGUGGGACUGGGCAGGAGCAAAUAACAAUAUGUUAGUGGGGGCAGGCUGCGGCAGUUGUUCCAGACUCCUCCUCCUUCAGUCUCCUUAGCCCCCAUGCAGAUCUCUGUGUGCCGGGAGGAAGUGAAGGGAACUGUAAUUACUUCCUCCUGGCGCGCAAGGGUAAGGGCGGGCAGCCGGCUCUACUUAAAGGGGCGGGCUGGAGGGCCGGCUUUGAGGGAUGUGCGUGGCUAGGCCGGCUCUGAGGUAUGCGGAUGGCCGGGCUGGCCCUAAGGUCCAGCUUUGCUCAGUGUGGGUGGGCGGGCUCGGGAGAAUGCGGGCGGCAAGCUGUCAGUCUUUAAAUGCUGCCCUUCAAGCUUGCAGUUUCCCUGUGGGAGGAUAGAGGGAACGGGCCGACCAAUCCCAGACGCCAGGGCAAAAUUCUUAGUCGCCACGGCGACCUUGCGCCUGGUAUUUGUCGAGCCCUGUUAUAGAAUCUACAUAAAAAUUAUUAACAUAUGAGUAUUAUUAAGUAACAAACUACAUAAACAUAUGUAUAUCUUCUAGACCAGCUUUGGUCACCUUUAAAACAAAGUAUCAUAGGAUCAACUAUAGUUCCAUUCAUAUUUUAAGCUUGACAGUCAUUUAAAAACCUUCUGUUAAAAGAUGCAUGGGUGUGUGCUGCUAAGCAUGGUUUAUAAUAAUAAAACAUUCUGAUAACAAUUAGGUGUUUGGGUAUUUUGCGUGAGCUUUUUUUCUCUUCAUUUUAUGUGGCAGAGAGCCUGUUACCUCACUUGCUGAAAGGGCUUGUGGUUAAAAUCUUUCAUAGAUCAAUAUUUUGAUGUAAAAUAGACUCCUGUGGCAACCAACAUAAUAAUUGUAUGUAGAAAUAUCUAGCCUCUGUCGCCGUAUGUUCUUGUGGAAAUAUGUAAAACAUAAUUACAGGGGUAUUUCACUUUUCAACCACCUGACAUGGCAUUUAUGUAAUCUGUUUUUUGUUUUUAUUAUUAUUUGUAGAGACAAGUGUGAAUUAUCAGGAAUUCAAAGUGAUAUCACAAGAGGCAGGUUAACUCUGCAAUGAGGACAUUGCCAUUUCUGCAGAAUGUUAAUGUUUACAUCUGCAGUGUUAAAGGACCACUAUAGGCACCCAGACCACUUCAGCUUAAUCAGAGAAACUGCUAUGUUUAUAAUAGGGUUAAUCCAGCCUCCAGUGGCUGUCUCUUGCGUGCUUCUCACUGUGAAAAUCCUAUGGACUGGCUGAAUGCGCGCGUGGCGCUUGCCGCGCAUGCGCAUUCAGCCGAAGAGCAGGAGAGCUCCUCGCCCGGUGCUGGAAAAAGAGGUAAUUUUAACCCCUUCCUCUCUCCAGAGCCCGGCGGGAGGGGGUCCCUGAGGGUGGGGGCACCCUCAGGGCACUAUAGUGCCAGGAAAACGAGUAUGUUUUCCUGGCACUGUAGUGGUCCUUUAAAUGGGGUACACAUGGCACCCAGACCACUUCAAUGAAUUGCCCCAAACAACUUAUGCUCAUUAGAUUGAACAUAAGAUUUUUUUUUUUAUGUACAUUGUGAUAACAAAUGUGUAAAUUAGGAGAAGGAACAAUUUAAAAAUAGGUUUUUCCCCUAGCUGUCCGUAAAUGCCACGGCGUUCCGCCUUCCACAAGAGAGCCCUCUGCUCUCCUCUCAUAGCAACCACAGUGCGUGUGCUAUAGCUGUUAUGGAAACUCCCUACCCGGUGCUCUACUAAGCAGAGCUCACUAAUGAGUGUCAGCUGAGCAUUCUAGCCACUGAGUGCAGUACAGUAUCAGGCUGCGGUGGCCUACUUAUGUGAUGUCAUCUGUGCUCCUCUAUGAGGAGCAUUGGGGACCAUAGGCGCGUGCGCUGUGCUCACCAUAAUUCUGCCAUAGAGAAUUAUGGAAUGCAAUUAAUUCUCUAUGGCAGACUGACGGCACUGCGCAUGACAUCAAGGCAUGAGAACCGGGAAGUAACCCGCACUUCUAAGCCUUAAAACUAUUAAAGUAAAUGUUUUGGGGGUAGGACUGAAGGCACUUUUACUACUUCAGUAAGAUUAAGUUGUUAUAGUGCCUUCCUUUAAACAGCUUUACUACUUCUGGCUCAGCACUUAUCAACUGAAUAUUAUGAUUGGAUCAUUGCUAUUUUAAGAUGGUUGUCAUUGCUGCAAUGCUAUUAAUUUGGAAAUAGCUCAGUUAAAUUUCCCUUUGACAUAAAAAAAAGAUGACCCUAAUAUUACUGUAGGGUUUGGGGGGUAUUUAGGUUCUUCCAUGGUUUGAUAGGGUUAAAGAAAUUUUUGUGUCCACCUGCUAUGGUUCAGAGAAAAUUACUAUAUAUUUUUUUCUCCUGCAGACGUGCUGCCCUGAAGUUGACCGUUUAUGAUAAAUGCAUAGAAAUUUGCUUUCACUUUCAAGUCAAAUCAUAGUGAAACUGUCUUUUAACAAUUUCAUGUUUUAAAUCGUACAGCUCCUUUGCCAUUCUUAAACUUGGAAGGCACCAUGGAAGUUGUAGUACUGAAACAGGGGAUAUACCUUUUGGCCACCUCUGGUUAAAGGAACACUGUAGGGUCAGGAACACUGUAGCGAAGUAGCAGGGGUUAGUCCAAGGAUUCUCCGUUGGAAACAAAGAUUCAGCAUACAGAAGUAUAAAAACACAGCAUAAUCCCUCUGCCCAAGGACUAGACGACACAUAGUCUGGGAGUCAACUGGCUUUUAAUGCACAAGCUCUGCUUUUAUGUGUUUUUCCCAUGCAAGGGAGGCAACUUCCAUAAUUAUUACAGUACCCAAUCAUAUAGUCGGUACCUCCCCCACAUUUCCUCCCCUUAGCUUAACAGUUAAACUUAUUAAAAUGUACACAUUUUUCCCCAAUUCUUGGAUGUACCCCAAAUACAAGGGGUACACCUUUAAAUGAGGGUUCCCCUGGCAGCCCUGAUCUGGGUGAGAAACAUACUCAAAAAUCACCCAGAUCGGACCAGGGGUUCGGGAGUUAUUGAAGGGAAAAGGUUUGACCGACCGCACGGGCACAGUAGCCGAAAAUAGUUUCAUGAGUUCUGGCCCUGCGGUCGGUCUCAGUUCACGUAUAAAAAGUCCCGAAAGUCUUCUCCAUCCAUGCUUGACUUUGCAUUCGGAUGAAUCCCCUCGUUUGCGGGAUUCAUCCUACCGAAUGCUGGGCUGUUUGUGUGUUUUAUUCGUCCCUUUCCGGAGUGCUGGAUGUCUUAGCGGUGCUUGGUUAGUAGAGUGUCCGAUUUGAGUUCCAGACACUCGACGACCAAACACCGCUGUUCGUGCGUAAGAUGGCCGCCGCCACGUGUUCGGCAGGCGAAUGGGGGCCGCACACGAACCUCAAUUACCAGCCUUUGCAACAUUGUUGCCUUCGGUAAUGAGGGACACACUACUACACCGGGGCGGUCCCUCAUUCGGUAUUUUACACAUUUUCGUGAAUAAUGCAAUGGAUGUAGUUCGUGAACCGAUUGCCUGAAGAUAACCGUCCUAAUAGCAAUACAUCCAUUUUAAUCCAAGUUCAUUCGAAUCUCGAAAGUCCUUUCUCAGUCUCUUGGUGGCUAGGUUUGCCACAAACAUGUAUUUCUGACCCUUUAGUGUUAAAACACCAUCUGGACACCCUUUACCCCCAAACUAUAGUAAAAUCUGUAUUCUAGUCUGCUGCUAAUGGCUCUGCCCCUGAUCUGACUUCUUGGCUGACAUAAUCUGAGACAAUUACAAUGCUUUCCAAUAGGAAAUCAUUGGCAUGGCUGAUAUUCUCAAGAAAGCAGAUCAGGGCAGAGUCAGCACAAGCCAAACACAGCCCUGGUCAAUCAGUGCAAUGCAUCUCUAUAAGGAAAGUUCAGUGUCUCCAUUCAGUGUCUCCAUUCAGAGGGUGGAGACACUGAAUGUCAGUGCUGCACAAUGUGCAGCACUGCCCCAGGAGGCACCUCUAGUAUCCAUCUGAGUAUUGGCCAAUGGACUUAUCCCUAGGCUGUAAUGUAAACAUUGCUUUCUUUCUACAAAGACCGUGUUUUACAGCAAAAAAGCUGAAGUGACAGAUUAUACUCACCAGAACAAAUACAAUAAGCUGUAGUUGUUCUGUUGACUAUAGUGUUAAUUUAAUUAAAGCAGUAGAAUUAUUUGCCAUAGCCUGGUCCUUAAAGCGGAUCUGUCAAUUUUGGGAGUUUUUGCAUGUUUUGAGAUCUAUGGAGGAGAGCGUGGGACCCUCGACAGACGAAUCCUGAAUCCCACAGUCCGAAUUUGUGAAGGCUGCUGGCUGGGAUUGGCAAAAGGUUGACAGAGGAGCUCCUUUUGUAACCUCAGGCUUUACCAUAAUACAAAGCAGUCCCCACUUUCUCAUUGUAAUUUUGGGUUCCAUUGAAAUCUCAGCUCAGUCUUGAUUCGUAUUUCAUAUAGAGGAUAUCUUUAUAAAAUACUGAAAAGUGAUGGAUCUGUCAAUGCUUGACAAAUGGGAGCUAAGUGAAGUCAUUUGUGAUAACCUUUAUCCAGUCAGAUGCUUCUCAUUGUGCUGCAUUUUUUUAUGCUGUGCAUGAUCAUGCUGAAAGUGAAGUUCUUUAAAAAUCAAAGGAAGUGAAGGAGGAAGUUGCUUUUGUGUCAAUCAAGUUGAAAGUGUUUUCUGCAAAAUGUAAACUUUAUCAUUUCUCAGAAACGAUCAAAGAAAAGGGGCAAAGUCUAUGUCCCAAAACUCUAAAGUAGGAUGUCGGAACCCUUUCUGUUUGUAGUCAUUCUUUGUACAUAUUGUGUAUAUGUUCCUCUAUAAGAAACGUUCACAUUCCCUUUUCUAAUGUCACACUGAUAUAUUACACACUAGUAGCUGGUAUCUAGUGUGAGUCUGAAUGACUUUACUGGAACAUGUAUGCUCUGUUAGUUAUGGAAGAAAUGCAUUAAAGAUGCUGUUUGCUAAGGUACAAUUGGCACAUAUACAUAGUAAUGCAUAUUAACUCCAGGCACCCAGACCACUUCUGCCCAUUGAAGUGGUCUGGGUGCCAACUCCCACUACCCAUAACCCUGCAAGUGUAAUUAUUGCAGUUUUUUAUAACCUUGCAGGGUUAACUCCACCUCUAGUAGAAUUAUACUAGACAGCCACUAGAGGGCACUUCCUGCUCUAUAGCACAGAAAACCUGUGCUAGAGCGUCGCUGGACGUCCUCGUGCUCUGUGAGGACCUCCAGCGUUGCUCAAUUCCCCAUAGGAACGCAUUGAAAAGCAUUAUCAAUGCUUUCCUAUGGGGAGCUCUAAUGCACAUGCGCGGCAUUGCCGCGCAUGCGCAUUAGGUCUCCCCGGCUGGUGGGCGGGAUCAGUCUCGCCCACCGAUCGACGUAAUGACUGGGAUGAGCGGCGGCGAGAAGAAACCAGCGCCUAGGGACAUCGGCGGGGUCUCGGUUAAGUGAACUGAAGGGGUUUUCACCCCUUCAGCAACCGGGGAUUGGGAGGUGGGAGGGGGAGGGGACCUGCUGCAGUGCCAGGAAAAUGGAUUGUUUUCCUGGCACUGGAGUUUCCCUUUAAUCAAGCACCUAAAAAAAGCUCCACACAAAGUAAACACAUUGUUUAAUCCAAUACAUUUCACACAGUAAUUUAAUAUUAGUAUUUGGUCAAUUAACAUUAAAAAAUAAAUGAUCAUUUUAACAAUGCUUUGUUUUCAUAGACGAAAUGUACAUUUCUGACCGAGAGGGAAGCGAUGAAACCGGGGAUGGAACUAAGGAAAAACCAUUUAAAACGGUUCUCAAGGUACUUUGUAAUUAACAUGUCUUAUUAAUUGUGCUGUUGUGACCAUGUAUAAGAAAUAUAUUCAUACUUAAAGUAUUUUUUACUGGUUAUUACCCAUAGCAGUGUAAACCAUUCGCUAGGUCCUCUCCUCGCUUCUAAUACAACACGAAACGUUCUGGAUUACAAAGAUAUAUUUAUAAGCACAUCGUGGAUAUGUGUUCUCCAGGUUUUGAAUAUAGCAACCAAAAAGAGAAUUAUAGUUAAUAUGAAUAACGUUUCCUUAUUCCUGGCAAAAUAAGCAAGAACUACUAGCACAGCUUUCGAUUACAAUUUUUUUUAAUGACUAUGUUGAAGUAAGUGGCAAGUUGUGUUCUGUUCCUAAGGGAUGAAUUGCAGAAAUCCCUCGUCUAAAAAAGUGACCCUGCAUUAGGCCAUUAAGAUGGCCUCAGAGUGACCAGCGAGUAGUAGCUGGUGAACAAAGGGUUAAAUAUAUUUGUAUUUAAGAAUUAAUUAUGUUUGGUAUCUAACAGUUUUACUAAUUUACUUUUUGCUAACACUUGUGCUGUUGGUAUAAGGUUUAUGACGCAUCACUUAUUGUUUAUCUGUUUUGUAAUUCUGUGACUGCAAACCCACUCUUUUGUUUUUUUGUUUAAAGGGACACUAUAGUCACCUGAACAACUUUAGCUUAAUGAAGCAGUUUUGGUGUAUAGAACAUGCCCCUGCAGCCUCACUGCCCAAUCCUCUGCCAUUUAGGAGUUAAAUCCCUUUGUUUAUGAACCCUAGUCACACCUCCCUGCAUGUGACUUGCACAGCCUUCCAUAAACACUUCCUGUAAAGAGAGCCCUAUUUAGGCUUUCUUUAUUGCAAGUUCUGUUUAAUUAAGAUUUUCUUAUCCCCUGCUAUGUUAAUAGCUUGCUAGACCCUGCAAGAGCCUCCUGUAUGUUAUUAAAGUUCAAUUUAGAGAUUGGGAUACAAUUAUUUAAGGUAAAUUACAUCUGUUUGAAAGUGAAACCAGUUUUUUGUUUUCAUGCAGGCUCUGUCAAUCAUAGCUAGGUGAGGUGUGGCUAGGGCUGCAUAAACAGAAACAAAGUCAUUUAACUCCUAAAUGAUAGUGAAUUGAGCAGUGAAAUUGCAGGGGAAUGAUCUAUACACUAAAACUGCUUUAUUUAGCUAUAGUAAUUUAGGUGACUAUAGUGUUCCUUUAAUUAUUUAAAAAAUAAUAAAAUAAAUGUAACUCCUCUCAUUGCAGAAUUCCACAUGAUUAGUUUACCCUCAGUUUGUCUAGAGUGUAUUUGAUAUCUUCUGCUGGUGUUAUUCCGUCUUGUCGGCAUAGAAAAAUGACUUAUAUUUUGUUGCUCUUGUUUCAAGGCAAUGCUGACAGUUGGUAAAGAGCCAUUUCCUACAUUCUACGUGGACUCACAGAAAGAAAAUGAGGUUGUAUGGCCAGUUAUAACUCCUGAUGUAUUUAUUUCAAUAUUAAGCGUUCUAGCUAUUAAAUGAGAGAUCUGAUAUAUGUAUAUAUUGUCAUACUGACUGAGCACACCCUACAUGCUAAGAAUGAGCUGUAGGCCUCGCUGCUUUUCCUUCAAACGCCUUUGUCACGUGAGCUUAUGGACAGUUUGCAUUUAGCUGAGCACACUGACAGCGAAGUAUCAGGAACUAAAAGCCAUAAUAUCCCCUAGCCUUUGCAGUAUAGAAUUUGUUUACCUGUAAUUCUGAAACCUUCAGUCAGCUGUUACUUCUCUUAAAAAUCAAAACGAGGAAGGCAAAUUAUCUUCAUUCCACAAUUCGCAAAUCAUAGGGAUGCUGCAAGGAUACACUGUAAGCAUCAGAUGUGCUUACAGCUCUAGGCAGUUAGUGCUGCCAUGUGUUCAUAUACUCAUAGCUUCUUCAUACUUGUGAGCAGUACCUGAAAAGUAUAUGUAGCAGUUGUAAGCCUCAGAGGCAAAUCUAUAAAUAAUGCUCUGUUUGAUACAUCCUUGUUUAAUUGAUUUCCUCCGUACACCAUUAUUGUUUGACAUAAUGCAGGGCAGCACUUUUCAAGCUCUGCCUGACAGAAUCAAGAGGUUACAUAUGUUUAGGAAAUGUGGAUGGAUCUGUCAACCUGGUGUGCAGUGGGCCAUAGCCAGGGACAUGCAUUUUCCCAGUUACAUUGACAUGUUGAUUGCAGCUAUAUUAUAUUACUCCAUAUAAGGAAAAUAAAGAAACUAUUAGCAAUAAGUGUUUCUUUUUUUUGUUUUCCCCCACUUUAUUCAUUAUUUGUAUAAUAAGGUUGGUUUGCACAAGAUUCUUUUCCCUGAAGCCAUUAUUUUUUUGGGGGGCAAAUGCAGCCUCUGUAUUAGUGUUUUACCAACGAUUAAUAAUGUAUCUCCUAUCUAGGUUGUCGUUUUAUGUUAAAGUAAAAGUUGACAAUGUAAUUCAUGGAUAAUGUUCUCAUCCAUAUAAAAAUUGAUUAUAACGGUUACUGUAAUGUAAUGUCUGCAAAAUAUAAGGAUGGAAGGGGAUCUUCCUAAAUGUUGUGUGAAUCUUCAUUGCAGAGAUGGGAUGUGAUUUCCAAGUCACAGCUGAAAAAUGUGAAAAAGCUCUUUAACCGGGAACAGAUGAAGACUGAAGCAAAGGAAAAGAGAGAGGUCAGAUUGUGUGCUCAUAUGUUGGCACUGCUAAACUAUAUCUUGAAUGGGAGCCACAGAGGGCACUGUGCUGAUAAUCACUUUUGUUGUUUUCAUGCAGGCAGAAGACAACUUGAGACGUGAAAAGAAUUUGGAAGACGCAAAGAAAAUUGAAAUCCAGAAUGACCCUAGUCUCCCAACACCAACAGCAGUAAGCAGUAUGCCUUUUGGUUCCUGUGUAAAGAGGAGUGUAACUAAAAGACAAUAUUGCCUAUGUCAAAGAGGUGGUGUGUUGCCCUCACCAUGUUUCUUAUAGCUUUAUGCAGAGCAGAACAUUUAAAGUGGCUUUGUCAUCAGAAAUGCACUGUGCAUCACCAUAAAGCAUUUGAAAAACUGUUGAUAAUUUUUCAGCUCGUUCAGAUUUCAGAUUAAUCAUAAAUGGAAAGUUUUCACAGAAACACAAGAACUCUGCAGCUUUAGCAGUUUUAUGCAAGUCUGGUACAUGUAACUGUUUGUGCAAGUAAAAGUGUGGUUUAUGCAAAUCAAAACUUAUCCUUUAACCACAGGCUAAGAUCCGUGAAUUGGAAGCAUAUCGAGGCCAGAGAGUGAAAGUGUUUGGCUGGGUACACAGGUUGCGUAGACAAGGUAUUCUAAAACGUUCUUAUCUCUCCAGCAUUUUGAUUUUAUAAUUAGAAUGUAUUCAUUAACACCUUCACUACAGAGUACUUUUGGAUUGUAAAAAUAUUACCAUAAGUUGUCUUGGAAACAAGGGAUGCAUAGCUAGCAUACAAACAUAACAUAACAAUUUUGGGAAUAUAUUGCUUUGGUGCCGAAAUAUAAAGAUUUUUAUUUUUACAAUUUUUAUUUUUCACUUAUAUGUUUAGCCUUCGUAAAAAAUAAUUUUAACACGAAAAGCUUUAGACGGUAUACAGUGUCCUUUAUCUUGCAAUAUUUCACACCGAGUCUGAACUGCUGGUAGUGGAAGCAAAAAGCAUUUUCCCCGACGUACACAACUGCAAAGUAUUGUAUUAAAGGGCUAAAAGUUUAGGACCGCUGCACCCAGUCCAUGUCAUUGAGAUGAAGUGAUCUGGUGACUUUAGUGAUCCUUUAAAUCUCGGAGUUCUGGUGUGCUGCGUGUCUUGCAUGUGAUUUAUAUUUGACUUCCCUUUAGUACUUGAGGGUAUCAGAACCAGCCGUAGCUCUUUGUAAGCCAGGAUUUGAUUGUUUUGAGGUCAAGAAGUAGAUAACAUUUCUACUAGUGGUUCCUGAAGUGCUGCAGUAUUGGCUAUAGCAACACUGCAGUGUAUGGAUAAACCGCUGCUGAUUUGUUAUACUUCCUGAAGGCUUAUGUUGCUAUUAUAGAAAUGUAGAGCACUCAUUAUUUUCCAUCAUUGCUGUUUGUGCAAUAGUCGCUGCAAAUGUAAUGGCAACAUUUUAAUUAUUUUAUCACAGUUUUUUUUCUCAAUGUUUUCUAAUUUGUUCUAGGGAAGAACUUGAUGUUCCUUGUAUUAAGAGACGGCACUGGAUUUCUACAAUGUGUUCUGAAUGACCAGUUGGUAAGUUCACACACAAAGUCAUAACUUUAUCACAAUCUGAGCUGCAGAUACAUGAUUUAAUUUUUGAAUUUAAUGAAUUUAAUUUUUUUUUAUGUAUGCUUAAAUCAAUGUAAAAUUUAGCACAAUAUAUUUAAAAUACCUUUAUUAGGGACUAUGGGAUGUCCUUAAUAUGGUGCAGCACAUUUGUAUUGGGAUUAUUGAAUGUUUAGUGGUGCAGACACUGUUUGUAAUUUAAAGUAACACUAUAGGGUCAGGAACACAAACAUGUAUUCCUGACCCUGUAGUGCAAAACCCACCAGUAAUGUGGCUUGCCCCCUCCCCCGAGAGUAUGAAAAACUCACCUUAUUUCCAGCGCCGUGUGGGACUGCUGGCACUGGCACUGGCCCUGACCCCCUUGGUGACAUCAUCAGAAUUGCAGAUUUUUAGCCAAUCCAAUGCGUCCCAUGGGGAGAGCAUUGGAUUGGCUAAAAUCGUCAUAGGGUGGGGCCAAAUGCUGUUUUGGCCAAUCAGCACCUCAUAAAGAUGCAUUGAAUCAGUGCAUCUCUAUGAGGAAAAUUCAGCAUCACCAUGCAGAGCGUGGAGACGCUAAACAGCAGAGCUGUCUAAUGUACAGCCCUGAGCCAGGAAGCACCUCGAGUGGCCGCUUGGAUGUGUCCCUAGGGGCAAUGUAAACACAGCCUUUCCUCUGAAAAGGCAGUGUUUGCAUGAAAAUGCCUGCAUAUAAUGAUUAUACUCACCAGAACUACAUUAAGCUGUAGUUGUUCUGAUGACUAUAGUGUCCCUUUAAAUACACCAUGUUACAGGUAUUAGCAGCAUGUUUCAUUCCUCUUUUUUCCCACACCAGUCCCCUGUUUCCAUAACCCAUCUCUUAUUAUUUUUAGCCCCUGUUUUGUGCCUUUAAUGCAGCUGUUGACACCAUUUUAAAGGUUUUUAUUUUAGGCAAUUUUAAGGUUCUGAUUUAAGUUCUUGAUUAUGUGGAAGUAUGUUUCAUGAUGUCAGUGAUACUAUAAUCUGUUAUCUUUUAACUAUUAACAGUGCCAGUGUUACAAUGGUCUACUGCUCUCCACAGAGAGCACGGUUGCUGUAUAUGGCAUGCUGAACUUGGUGCCAGAAGGAAAACAGGUAUGUGAUCUUCACCACUACUGGGUAUUGCUUUCUGGCUAUAUUUUGUAUUGUGAUUUAAAAUGCCUUUUAGGCUAAUGUCAAGGUAUUUAGUGCAGUUUGUUACUCUUCUCUUGAAGUCCAUAGUAGCACUUACAUUCAAGAGGCACAACUGAUUUUUAUUACCUAAAAAGUAAACAAAUGCAAAUAUACAUUUUUAUUUUGUCAAAUAUGAAUAUGAUUUUGAACAGGCCAUGCAUCCACAGUAACCAUAUUGUUACUAUUUUGGGAAGCAUUAAAUCUGUCUGAAAGUGCAUGCUUGGAGGUUUUAAAGGCAGGCGGUGAAUCCAAACAAUUAUUAUAAAUCUGUAUUAAAUGGUGUUUACUUCCACCAAUAUUCUGCAGUGAAUUAAUUCUCAAGUUGUUCUUUGUCCUGUUUGUAGGCUCCUGGAGGCCAUGAACUGACCUGUGAUUACUGGGAGCUCAUCGGUUUGGCUCCUGCUGGUGGUGCUGACAACCUUCUUAAUGAAGAGUCUGAUGUCGAUGUUCAGCUUAACAACCGUCACAUGAUGAUCAGGGGGGAAAACAUGUCUAAAAUCUUCAAAGUGCGCUCUACUGUCAUCAACUGUUUCAGAAGUCAUUUCUUUGAUCGUGGCUAUUAUGAGGCAAGUUUAUUUAUUUUUUUAAAUUUCUCUCAUUUGAGCAAUGUUUGUCCUUGUGUUACUGAUAUAAUCCUAGAAAAUUAACUUUACCCAAUAAAUAGCAAUAGUAAAAGAUUGCAACCAAGUGCCCCUACAGUGCAACUUUUUCUAACAAGUACAAUUAACAUCUCAAUCCAGUAUUUCACUUUCUCAAUAUACACCACCCAUAAAUUCCACUUUUUAAACUUAUUUAAUUUUAUUACAUUUUUCAUCAGGAAAAGAAAGACUCUUACAAUAGUAUUGGGUACAACUGGUAUGUACAUGACACAAGGAAGAUAAAAUAAGAGGCAGAAAAAGUGAAUUAAGUUAAAAGGAAAGGGAGCUACCCACACUGUACAUAGUUACAUUCCUUGUGUAUACCCUACUAAUCAACUGCAUACAAGGCUUGCAGGUCGCAAAAGGACCAUAUAAGAUAUCCACAGUUCACUUGUUUAGUUGCACCGUUUGUGAACUUCCAGAGGCACAACAACUACUACAAUCCAAAUUUAAUAGAUGCACGCAUACACCUUCCAUUUCACCCACACAAAACAAAAAAUAAAUAAACCGCAGGCAGGCAUAGCCCGUGUCUGAGUGGCGCAGGAUACUGCAGAUUGGAAAACAAAGGCACCAUAACGGAGACCGACCCAAGGGGAGGUGGUCAGAGUUUAGGAAGUACGGCCUAAUGUUGUGAUACUGAUGUCCUUCUGUAUGUUUAUUACUAUGAUGUAUCUUAAGUUGUAUCCGCAGCAGCGCACAAUGUACCAUUACCUUUUUGUCUCCCCCUUUCCUUUUCAUUUCUGCACCCUAUUAACACGUUUUAAAAUCCAAUAAAAUGUCUCUUUGGAAAAAGUUAAAAGGGAAGACUGAUCAGGAUACAUGAAAAUUAGGUUAGUGAAGCUAAAGACAACCUCUGUUCAAUUUAAAGGUAACAAUACAAUGUUCUGAAUUUUUGGCAUAGUCCAAGAAAAGGGCCACAGAUGUUCAGAAAAGAUGGAUGGGUGUGAGUUGAUGAGAAUAUGGGCCUUGUGGUCCGUUCGCCCAGUCUGGGCCAAGCUACGUGAGACCAGUGGAACUGUAGGUAAUUCAGAGAACUUCCACAUUUCAUAAAUACAGUGUUUUUUUCCAGCAAUAGGAAUAUGCAAGUUGCAAGAUAUUUGACCUGCCCUAGCCAUGGUAAUAAACCUUAAAAAGGUCUCCUGUGGACAUGGACAAUCACUCAUAUAGCCUCUGUAAGAAGUGUAAGCAUGGAUUGCCAGAAGAGGACUAAAAAGGUCAAGAAACCUUAGUCCUUAUGCCCACAGGCAGCAGCAGACCAGGAACAGCCCACAAAUCUACACUUCUUAUAAUAUAGGCUCAAUGAGAAAAUGCCCAAUAUAUGCUAUCCCUCGUUAUCUCUGUCUGAACUAAUUCUGUUCCACUUUUUUGAUCAUAAACGAUUUUGGGAAGGUCACUAACCAUGUCCAGCAAUGUGUUUUCAGAGCUGGAAAGCAGUGGUUUAUCCAUAAAACCAUUAAUGCUGACCUUAUGGAUGGGAGUGGUGUGUAAUUUUUUUUGUGGAAUGCAAAUCUGUAAAUAGAGUAAGUAACCAGAGAAAAGCAAACCUUUUUGUUUGUUUUGUUAUGAUUAGAUACGUUGUUGCUGAUCAUUAACAUGAACCUUGAAAUUAGGUCUGUUUCAUACAUGAAAGUACACUGAAGUAAUUGACUAAUGCGGUUUCCAAGAUAAUCUAUGAAUUUUACUUUCUUGGUUAACCAGCUGUGCUCUGUCUCUAAUGUCCAAUUAGAAAGUACCUAAACCUGUAUACACCUUUUAGAUGUUUUCUGCAGUUGUGCACAAACCUGAAAUUAGGUUUCUCGAUUGUAUGUUUUUUGUUUUUACCAUUUUUCACUGCUGAAUUGUACAGGACCCAUGAUACAGGAAUCCUCUGUCUCUUCUAAAACAAAUUUAAAAGAUAUUGUAAUUUGAGCACACAAGCUACAAUAGCUUUGUUCACCUGUGCUCAGACUUCGAAACCCCUUAGAUCUUGGGUGUCUAACUGUAGCCCUCCACCUGUUUAGGGGCUUUUAAUUUACAUAAUUUAACAUUGGCUUAUGUGGGUCACAGUCCAACAGCAUCUUGAUUUCCACACUUGGUCACUUUUCUACAAAUAUAGCUAAGGUACUCUUAGCAGUCGAUCUAUUCUUCUGUCAUAGUUUUAAGUCAUGGUAUUUUAGAUAACUGCAUUAGUAGUCCUUGAUUGAUUAAUCAGUAACGAGAGCUAGACAUUAAAAAAAAUUUCUUACAAAUUGCAAUCCAUUGGUUUCUGGUUUACUUCAGUGUCACAAGGAUGUAAUUUCAGUUGUUUUGAAAGAUGCACAUUAUAUAUUUUUUUACUGUUCCCCUAUACACUGCUUUAUGUAACUGUGUCAUUGUCUAUUUUCAUAGGUUACGCCGCCAACAUUGGUCCAAACACAAGUGGAAGGUGGCUCAACUCUCUUUAAGCUGGAUUACUUUGGAGAAGAGGCCUUCUUAACACAAUCAUCUCAACUGUAUCUUGAAACCUGCAUUCCAGCUCUGGGCGACACCUUCUGUAUUGCUCAGUCCUAUCGCGCAGAACAGUCUAGAACACGCAGACAUCUUGCUGAGUAAGAGUUCUAUCCACCAUGAUUUUAUUCCGCUGUACAGUAGGCCCAUAUAAUCAGUUUUGGUAUUUUUCUAUGCUGUCUACAUCAGUAGGGUUUCAGUACGAACCCAGCCAUAACAGUGUAAUAAUAAAAAAAAAAAAAAUAUAUAUAUAUAUAUAUAUAUAUAUAUAUAUAUAUAUAUUAUUAUUUUUUUAAAGGGACUAUCGGUUUGGUGCUGACCUCCCUGUUUUAAUGUCUUGUGUGUAUUAUAAACAUUUAAGAUAUUCCAGUUUGAAUUUUCCUUGGUUGUAGUCAAUCUGCAGCUUCUGCGUAGACCAGGAAAUUGCUAACAUUGUUUUAAAGUUUUGCGCAAAUCCCAUAUUCUUUGCUUGAGUAAAAAAACAAAGAAAACCUAGACAUCUGUAUAUCCAGUCAUCUUUGGUCUUUGUUGUCAAGCUGCUUAGCAGUAGUAGAGUAAUUUUCUGUUAAAUUAUGUCAUAUUGAAAACAAAACGUAAAUUAAAAUUUUAUUCACACAUCACAAAUAAUGGUUUGGCAAAUUUAUAUUUUUCAAAUGUGUUUUUUUUUUUUUUUUUCCUUAUAUUUAGAUAUACGCACAUAGAAGCCGAAUGUCCCUUCAUGACAUAUGAGGAUUUGCUUGAUCGCCUCGAGGACUUGGUGUGCGAUGUGGUUGACAGAGUGUUAAAGUCUCCUGUAGCCAGCUUGAUCUAUGACCUGCAUCCGGUAUGCUACCGCCGUCUUCACUUGCUUUCUGGGUGAAGUUACAGGGCCACUUAAGGCACAAAAAUGCAUUUAAAGGACAGCUGACACCUCAAAACUAUUUUUAAUAUAAUAAUCCUUUCAUCAAUUAUUGAAAUAAAAAAAUUUUUUUCUCAUCCCUACCUUUAGUAUAUGAUAGGAGCCUUCAGCCAUGUACAUGCACCUUAGGUCAGAUAGUUUUUGAAAACCCACAGUUAGUCCAUAUGGUCAUCCCUGCUCCACCCCCUGCUCAGAAUCAAGGAAAACUUUAGAGGCUGUUUUUUGUUUUGUUUUUUAUUUAUUUAUUUUUUUACACUGUCUCACCUAAGGUGCAUAUAUAUGGCUGAAUGAUCUUGUCAUAUACUAAAGCUGAGUUUAUCAUUUUUGUACAUAUACUUUGUUAAAAAAAUAUAUAUAUUUUUCCAUUCAAAAGGUUGUUAUAUUAAAGGGACACUAUAGUCACCAAAACAACUUUAGCUUAAGGAAGCCGUAUUAGUGUAUAGAUCCUGCAGUCUCACUGCUCAAAUCUCUGCAAUUUAGUAGUUGAAUCGCUUUUGUUUCUGUCCAUGCUGCCCUAGUCACACUUCCCCUGGUUUUGACUCACACACCAUGCAUAAAAAAAAAGUUUCACUUUCAAUUAGAUAUAACUUACUUUAAAAAUAUUGCCUGCUCUCUAAAGUAAACUUUAAUCAUACACAUAAGGAUUCUGUGGAGUCUAGCAAGCUAUCAAUAGUGCAGGGGAUAAUACAUUUUACAUUAAAUAGAAUUUGCAAUGAAGUAAGUAUAAACAUUAGCGGACUCUUUACAGGAAGUGUUUAGGAAUUCUGUGCAAGUCACAUGCAGGGAGGUGUGACUCGGUUGCAUAAAUUAAAGUGAUUUAACUCCUAGAUGGCAGAGAAUUGAGCAGUGACACUGCAGGGAAAUGAUCUAUACACCAAAACUGCUUCAAUAAGCUAAAGUUGUUUUGGUGACUAUAGUGUCCCUUUAAAAAAAAUAGUUUUGAGGUGACCAUUGUUCUUUAAAAUAGCACUGUGGAAAGAAACAAAAAAAUCAUAUAAGGCAAAAUAUUUGCAACCUUACUCUUCCCUCUUUAGGAAGCUGUUGUGCAAAAAAAUCUGCAGCAUUGUGUUUGCACUUAUGAACAAGAAAUCUAUUUUAUUUAUUUAUUUAUUGGGUAUUCAAGUGAAUUACACAAGCCUGCACAAUAGAAUUGUAAUAACAUUUCCUUUCGUUUUGGGGGGGAAAUGAGAGCUGAAAAGCAGUCUGGGGCAGCUUCCAUUCCCAUAGCGAGAGAUUCUCAGCUUGGUUUUUCAAGUGGAUGAGAGGUUGUUCAAAGCUUUAUCACACUGGGUUUUCUCAAAAUGAACUGCUUGAUUAUACUGAAAAUGACAGAAAAUGUAUAUUUUAUGCUGUUCUGUGUUAUACAGUUUUAAAUACCAAUUUAAAUAAAGCAUAAAAGAGGGCAGAAGAACUUCCAUUUAUUGCUGAGUAUUUGGUUUUGUCAAACCUAGUGUGCGAUCUGGGAAAAAGAAAUCUGUGGGGGGUUUUUCUUCUUUUUUUUCUUCUGGUUUUUCUAUCUGUUCUUUUGUUUUCAAAGCUAUAACUCAUUAUGAAUAACACUUUAAAUUACCAAAAGAUGACAAGGCUAUUGACAUCCAAAAUCUUAACACAUGAAAUGUCACUGCAGGAAUUCAAGCCACCUAAACGUCCCUUCAGGAGAAUGAACUAUACGGAGGCCAUUGCCUGGUUAAAGGAGCACGAUGUUAAGAAAGAUGAUGGUACUUUCUAUGAGUUUGGAGAGGUAAUAUUUACUUUUUAUUUGUUUUUCUGCAGGCAGUAUCUGUGUCUCAAAUAUAUUCUGACGUGAAUCUUUUAAUUUUCUUCAGUUAACAUGCUACUGCAAAAAAGGGGCAAUAAGCUUUGGCGCACACAGGCGGUUAGACAUUAAUGGAAGUUUUAGUAAAGCUAAAUUACCCUCGAAACCUGAUCAGUAUGUGCAUGUUUUUUUCUGAGUGGCCUACACCAGAGUUUCUCUAUCUUCAAGGUUCACCAGCAGUCCAGGAUUUAGACAUUUCUCAAUUCGUUUCUUAUUGAGAUCCUGAUUAAACUUGAAAUAUUGCUUGGAUUUGAGGGAUUAGGUUGGAAACCAGUGACUUUUAACACUGUUAAAAUCCACUGAUAAAUUAAGGCCGCUUUAUUUUUACCUUUGGGUGGAUCACUGCAGAAACAAUCAUAUAAUAGAUCCUUUGUAUCGGGCUAUAUAACACAGGGGCAGUUUUUGACAGGUUUUCACUUCCUGCUGUUACUGUACUCUAUAAGAAUUAUUUAUUUACAUUGUGUUUUAACCAGAAACAAUCUUCUUUUAAUAGAAUGGCCAGGUGAGUGAGUAACGAAGUGUAACAGAUAUUGUUAUUGGCAGUCAUUGUUUGCAGGGUGUCUGUUACAUCAUGUUCCACUAUUUCUGUUUAUCAUUAUAUAAUUGGACAUUUCUUUAAUUUUCCAGUUAUAAAUCUUGAACAAUGUAUAACAGGUACUUUUUUUAUUCAUCGAGCAACUGCAUACUGCCUCUGGCAUUUUAAAGGUAGCGCCAAAAAUAAAUACAGAGGUAUAUACCAAAAAGGUAAAAACUAAUAAUAAUAAAAAAUAUAAAUAGUCCAAAUGAAAAUAGAAUUGUAAAAUUGUAAUCAAAUACCACUAGUAUUGGAACAGCAGGGUCUUGAUAGAAGUGGAUGACUAUUAAUGGGGUUCUGGGUCACGUGUGGCUUGGAGUCCAAGCGUACAAAUGUAGUGAGAACAGAAGAAAGGAUCCAAUGGUACAGUAUAUCAUAAAUAUAAACUGUACAGAUAAUGAAUAGGUCCUAGUCACAUUUACCGGAGCUGCGACCUGCUCUGGUAUAAACAGCAUAAAGUGGUAUUAUCCCCACUUCUCGGAUAUAUGUGUAGGAGGAGUUCUCUGCAGUCUCUCAGUGUGGAGUAGUUGGUGGAGCCCAAGGUAGUAAAAAAACAAAUGAAAAGGAAAAAAGAAUAGUGCUCUCUGUAUGUCUAAAAUCCAGGAGUAAUAAAAUAUAGGUAUUGUACUCACAUUUGAUCGAGCAGGCUCACUGCUCGAUGUAUAGGGCGCAGGUAGUAUAAUCCCCACCCUGGAUUCUUGGUGAGAUUCUCUCUGGAAUCGAUGCUCAGGAUGCCAGGCAGUAGAUAAAAAGUAUAAAAUAAAUAAAAGGAGUAUGGCACAGAAGUAGUAUAAAAAUAGCCAAUAUUCCUUUAUUAGUAAAAUAAAAUAAAUUAAAAUCUUCUACAACGCGUUUCACCUUAAAAUAGGCUUUAUCGAGUAGAAUUAGAUUGUAAGGUGAAAUGUGUUGUAGAAGAUUUUAUCCUUUCAUGUGUGCUGCUCUUCAUUUUUACUCUUUGUGGUCUUCUGAGUGCUGAUGCUCUGUUUUCUUUUAUACCUGUAUGCCUUUGGCAUUAUUGCUUUUGUUUCAGAUUCAUUUACGACAUUUGAUUGCAUUUCUCAAAAUGUAUGGGAGUUUUAAAAAAAAAUAUAUAUAUAUGGCACAACCCAUAGCUGACUUGUAGUUGGCUGUCAGCUUGUGCAUAAAUCUCACAAGUCACAGUUCUGCUUCAACUAAUACAACAGGCAACCCUUUAUAUUUUUAAUAUAAUCUAAAAUCAGAUUUUGUCUAUGAUUUAGCGGCACAGCCAAGUGCUAGUUUGUAGAUUAAGCCAUCCGAAUCAAAUUAUAUAAAAAUUUCUGCAUACCUACUGCCAAAUUUUCACUUUUCAUUCCUUUUCAAACCGUUUAUCUCCGCACACUCCAGCUUCCCACACAUCUUAUAAUCCACAUUCCAUGAAAUGCCUGGCUACUCUAGCUCCUCCUGCUUUCUAUAACCCACACUACAUGUGCAGCCUGCCCACUCCAGUCCCAACUCCUAAAACCUGGUUUCCCAUACCUCUUCCAAUGUCCACUCCAUGAGCGGCAUGUUUAUUCCCCACACCUUUUGAACACCAUGUUUACUUUCCUUUCCUGCUGUAUUCUUAUACCAGCUCCCUACCACUCUUAAAAUCGACUUAUCUCCACAGCUCCCAUUACAUAUUACUCUAGGAAUAUGCUCAUUAUAAUUAAACACUAAGAUUAAUAUUUACAAAUGGGUUAUGGUGAGGUUGAGAACAAAAACCUUAAUUUAUGACCAUGAAUCAUAGCAAAGUAAAAUCUCCCUCAGUACCUAUUAUUCUGAAGCCAUUAGAAUGUUUGUUAGGGAAAUGCAACGCUAUAAAUCCUACAAGCAAAUAUAAAUCGAUAUGUAAUCUGCUUCCUCCACAGGAUAUCCCUGAAGCCCCAGAGAGACACAUGACAGAUGCCAUCAAUGAACCAAUCUUGCUUUGCCGAUUUCCAGCUGAAAUAAAGUCUUUUUACAUGCAGCGCUGCCCGGAAGAUAAACGUCUUACCGAAUCUGUAAGUCAUACCCUUUUCUUUGAACACUUUUUUCCUCCAGGCAAACUUUGUUGUCUACAUUGCUCUUUGGAAAAUAAAAAAAAAAAUUGUUUUUGUAAAUACAUAACAAAUUGUUACUAGUGAUACUUUGCUGUAAAAUUUAAAUAUUGUUAAUCCUUUUCACAAACCCAUUUAAACUCUCAAUACAUGUAAGCAUAUCAGGAUUAGUUUAAAUCUUGAUUGACCGGCUUAGAACAUGAAGGUAUAUUCCCCAGUACAAGGGAUGCCAGGAGGCAAAUACCCAGUUGUUGCAGGACUACAGCUCCCAUGAUUCUUUAUAGCUGAACAUGGACAUAUACAUUUUCCAGUAAGUGUAUGUGUAUUGCUACCAGAAAAUAACCAGAAGAAGGCAAUGCAGGCUUUAGAGUUAAUUUAGAUAUCAUUCAGUCAGUUUUAUGUCCUUGUCCAUCUGUUCUUUUAGUGGUUUGUAAUCUACUAGAUAUAGGGCUGUUUAAAGUUGGUCCCCUCUAAGCAAAGAUCCACGAUCGUUUUGUUACGUUACUGAUGGUUAUAUCUGUGUGGGAGAAAUGGUCAUUGCACCAACCUGUGUAACUGAAAUGGUUGGCGAGGCAGAUGUGAUGCUUCAAGAGUAUCUACUCAACAUUCCAAGGUUUGUGCGUCAUAACGGAGUACCAUCCAAUUAGAGCAGGUUUAAGAGGUUUGUCUGACUGAUCUAAGAGCUAGCCCAAAACACAAUUUGUUUUAUUUUUGUAAAGUGCACUCUUGUGUAUGUGUAUUAUGUUGUUUACAUGUGGUUUACGUAUCCACUGGAUGUCCCUUAGAAUUAAGACUGCAAUCUUUUUAUAACCUCCAAAAUUUAAAGCAAACGUCUGUUUUUGUUUUAAUGUUUUGUGUUUUCAGGUGGAUGUGCUCAUGCCCAAUGUUGGUGAGAUUGUUGGAGGCUCCAUGCGUAUCUGGGAUAGUGAUGAGUUGUUGGAAGGUUACAAGAGAGAAGGAAUUGAUCCAACACCUUAUUACUGGUACACAGACCAGGUAUGGCCACUGUAUUUGCAAAACUGUAGAUUUUUACUUUCAUGAAUAGUGUGGAUUAAGCAUCCUGUCAAGUAGUGAUGGUAAAUAUUAAAUGUGUGUCCUAAACACAAAAGUAAAAAUAACCUUUCCCUUUUUUCUUUUUUCUUUUUGUCCUUUGUGGGCAAUCCUAUAUAAAUUCCAAAACAUUCUCAAAGUAUUUCUUAAAGAACACAGAUUUAGAACAUAACUACAUUUAAAAAAACUGUAUCCUUAAUGAUUGGAUUGCAAGUUAUUAUAGAGACAAAAAAAACGCAGUAAUCCUCCAUGUUUAUAAUGCGUUGGAUAUAGAAUGCAUUAAACAUUUUAUACAAAAGAAAAAGUAAAAAAAAAAAAGUAAUAACAAAAAAAACCCUCACCUUUACAUAUCUCUAAAAUGUGGUAUAUGUAGUUUGUCCCUGCCCCACUCAUCACAUAGAAUUAAGUAGGAUUGCUCCGUAAGCUGGUCACAGCCAAGUGGCAGCUGCUGUUGGUUCAAUCAUAGCAUAGUAUACAGCUUGGUAAACUGGGUUGUGUGAAGUGAUCACUGAUCUGCUGUGACUCCAAAUACAGAUGCGUGAUUUUCAGGCUCUCUGUAAUUGUCCUAGUGCAUGUGGCGUGUACAUAUUGAAUGCAUUUUGGACAACAAAGAAAGAAGUAAAAUGUCAUCCUUUGACGUCUGGAUUAAUAGAGGAGGGAUUGUAUCUGUCAAUUUUUGCAAAUCACUGCCACAGCAUAACCAUUUAGGAUCUCUAGAUACUUAACCUUGUGAGUUAAGGUUAAAUGACUGUCACUUUGAGGUUCUUUUUUUUAUGUGAUGAUAGGAUCAAAAGAAAUGCAAACAUUACCACAAGUGACAGUGCUUCUUUAACUAGGGAGAGGGGAACACAAAUAUUUGGGAAUAUAAAGAUGUAGUAAUGUGUUCUAGUAAUUUACCUUAAACUGUUUAAUAACUAGGAUGAUCAACUCUUUUCCAGUAUGGAUAUUUAUGUGCAUGUCCAGUUCCUAAUACUGAUGCUUUACUCCCAUUCCUUGUUCCACAGCGUAAAUAUGGCACAUGUCCACAUGGUGGCUACGGCCUGGGCCUGGAACGCUUCCUCACCUGGAUCCUGAACAGACACCACAUCCGAGAUGUAUGUCUGUAUCCACGAUUCGUCCAGCGCUGCAAACCCUAACUACCUCUACUGGAAAUCCUACACUGAUUCAUUGGUGUAUAGGCUUCUGCUCGUGCUGUCUACGUGUUCUGUGAAGAUUACAUUUUAAAAAAGAUUUACCAUCAGGCUGCUAUAAUCAUGUAAUUUGGUAAACUUUAUUUUCCAACCUUGUUCUUGUGGUAACCAAGAUUUCAGUCCCAAAACAUCCAAUAAUAAUUUUUUCUGCAUUUUCUAAACAUAUACACGUGGGAUCAACAUCUGAAAUCUGCUACCCCACUCUGAACCUAGCCAUUUAUUUACUGAGUAUACUAUACUGGGCCACAAACACCAUAUGUAGAGUGUUUCAGAGCGUAAAGUUAUUCAUAAAACACACCUUCAAAUAAAGAAAGAUUCUUAAACAACUUUGUUCCUUGUUUGCUGUAUAGAUCAAUACUUGAGCAGUAUAUUUUCUACAAAAUGUUUUAACAAGGCCAUUAAUUCAUGUCACCUGCACUUAAUCCUUUGUGGUGGCCCCUUUCAUGGCAAGGUAGUAAAAAUGCAUGGAGUAUACUCCAUUUACAAAGAAAUUAAGCACUGUUUAUUGCAAAUAUGAAACACUGUGAGUUGAGUAUUAAUAACACACACUCUGGCAUUAAUCAUUGUACUAAAAUCUCUAUAAGGGAACCUUGUUUCGCUAGUUAUUCAAAACUAUUCAUUCACAUGGGACCCAAAUGAAACUGAAGCUGUGAAACUAG